GACUAAAGAAACACGUCCAGCCCUGGUUUCACUGAACAGGGAGGAUCUUUCUGCAGCUUCAUUAAGGGAAGUGACUGAUGCGGAAGUGUUGAGGCUGACAGGCUGCCCAUAGACUGGCAGGAGUGUGAUGGUUGCUCAGCGGUGCCGGGUCAGAAUGCUGAAGCUGGUAGGUGGCUUGUUACUUGCUGGGCUUUUGACACAUAUUCUGAGCUGGUAUAGCACAGCUGGACGCCGGGCUCACUUACAGCGUCGCCACUUCAUUAAUGACAGAGGACCUGUGCCUGGAGCGGAGCUCAACAAUCUCUUCUGGGCUGUGCAGGUGACUGAUCUCCAUGUGUCUAAAUUUCUGGAUCCUGCAAGAGUUUCAGAGUUUGAAGCCUUCUGCAACGAAAGCCUUUCUGUCAUCAAUCCUGCCCUAGUUCUAGCCACAGGUGACCUCACUGAUGCCAAGACCAAGGAUAGACUGGGCUCAGACCAAUUUGAGGACGAGUGGAAGGUUUACAAUUCUGUUUUAAAAAAAUCGGGGAUCUUGAAGAGAGCAAAAUGGAUUGAUAUAAGGGGAAACCAUGAUUCUUUUAACAUCCCAGACUUAAGAAGCAUGAAGAACUUCUACAGGAAAUAUUCAGCUUGGCAAAAAGAAGGUUCCUUUCAUUAUGUCCAUAAUACUCCCUUUGGAAAUUACUCCUUCAUUUGUGUCGAUGCUACACUCACCCCAGGCCCAAAGCGGCCGUACAACUUCUUUGGUAUCAUUGAUAAGAAUCAAAUGCACACACUUUCCAGACUGGCUAUGGAAAGCCUCUACAGCAACCAGACAGUGUGGUUUGGCCACUACCCCACUUCUACCAUAGUGUCUGCCUCUCCUGGGGUCCGGGCUGUAAUGAGUUCAGCUGUGGCAUAUAUGUGUGGGCACCUGCAUACUCUGGGAGGUAUUGCACCUACUUUGCACAGUCAGCACACUCAAGGAACCCUCGAGCUGGAGCUUGGAGACUGGAUGAAAAAUAGAAGAUACCGCAUCUUUGCCUUUGAUCACAACCUCUUCAGCUUUGUGGACCUAGUGUACAAUGAGUGGCCAGCAAUCCUCAUUACUAAUCCCAAGUCUGCCCUCUACACUAACCCUGCUCAGGAACCUACAAGACGGAUUCUGCAUUCUACUCAUAUCAGGAUCCUGGCAUUCUCUACCAGUCCUAUCACUUCAGUCCAUGUUAAAAUAGAUGAAACUGAUUUGGGUGAGGCUUCCCUGUCAUCUGGCCCACUGUACACUUUAAAAUGGAACCCUGAUAACUACCAGACUGGGAUUCAUAAGAUCACUGUUGUAGUCCAGGAUGCAAAAGGGAGAAGCCAAACAAGGAGCCACUUGUUCAGUCUGGAAGAUAACAUAUCUCUAAGCUUUAGUUUGAUCCCGUCUUUAAUUCUUCUUACCGAUCACUACAUUUUGGCACAAGUGCUGUUCUUCCUCUUGGUGCUGAGCCAAAUCAUCCUGCUUAUUAUUUUCAGGUACAAGAGACGACCAUCCCUUAGGGGCCCUCAAGGAUUCAUUGGGCUGACGUCCUUCUCUGUGCAUGUACUGUGCAAAACUAAUCUUUUCUACUACUCCGUGCUGCUGCUCACCAUAUACACCGCAGUGGGCCCCUGGUUUGUUGGUGAGAUUAUAGAUGGCCAUGUAGGAGUCUGCUUUGCCUUUGGAGUCAUUGUUGGUGGAAAUUUCACUCAGGGGAGCCUAACUUACUUUGUUGGAAUAACACAGAUGGUAUUUUUUAACAUUCCAAUGAUGGCUUACCUGUGCUGGUGCCUACUGCUCCGAUGUAAAGGCCAUGGAUUCUGCUCCCAUAUCCGUCACAGCAGAAAAAUUGUGUGCCUCCCCAUCUAUCUGUUCCUGAUUAUGGUUUUUGCAUGGCAAGUGUACUCCUGCGUCUUCCUGGCACUGACCUACGGGACCUUAGCAGCCUUCCUCUCACCAAUGAAGCUAUGGCUGGUGGUGGCUACUGUGGUCAUGGGCAGAAAAGUGUGGAGGUUUAGCACCCCUGAACUCAGAUCCUAUAUCAUAGAACUUAAAAACUGUCAGAGCUCCUGACAAUAAAACAGAAUUGUGCUUUGGCAGAUAUUUUAAUCCCUAGUGGUGGUAACUGCUGAAAUGUAAACUGUUUUAUAAUUCCUAAAGGUGUGCCUUGUGUACAGGUAGGUUAUUCCCUUUGAAAAGGCCUGCACUCAGGCAGUUACACCACCACAAACUGGUCAGUACAUAACAGGAUGUGUUUGUAUUGUACUUUAGACCACUCUGGCCUUCAGCCACUGCAGCUUUAAUUCUGUAUUGGACACUGAUGAUUCACCCUGCUGAAGCUGCUACAAUGUUCCCUUCCAGUAUCAAUCACAUAACCCUGCAGUGGCUGAAGACUGGAGUAGGCCUAUUGGCAGCUAUAAACAUUUUGGGUUUUUUUGGGGGGGGUUUGAAAUGAUUUUUAAAGAUAAAAAAUGGAAAUAGGCUAAAAUGUGGUUGACAAACAUCAGCCUUUCAGUUUUAUGCUGAUACACAUUCCUUACAUUAAAGAAUGUGGGUCAGAAAUGCAUUAAGUGAAAAUCGCCUAGAUCGGGUGUGUAUGUUAAUUGCUAGAAGCACUGAAAUUUUUGAGUACACUGGAAUGUGAUUCUUAAAUUGUAGGACACUUGAUUUACCUCUGUAGCCAGUACUAAACAGUCAGCCUAAAGGUGGCCAUACAUUGUAAGAUCUUCUCCCAAUAUGCCCACCUAGGGCCAAAUGAUGGAAUUAGAAUAACGGGCAUAGGCAUUGUCGGUUUGGGGACUGCAUUAACGAGCCGAUGCGGUCCCCAAUCCAAUGUAAAAAUUAAACCUGCCCGAAUGCAAUCUAGCUGAUUUCAGGUAAGAGAGGCCCGCCUAAAGGAACAAUGUUGGCAGCUAAAAUCGUGUAUGGCCACCUUAAGGUCUGUACUUAGGUUUGGUGCCUCCCUAAAUGGCCUGCUGUACUGUAUAUGCACAAUCACAGGUUGAGCAGGUUUUUUUUCCUCAAAUUUUUUUUUUUUUUUUUAUCAUAUAGCCACCCAGUGGCUGCUGCUUUAAAGCUGCAACCCUAGACACAGGCCCUUGGGUGCCUAGAUGGUAAAAACAAUGCUGGUCAGCCAAUAAAAGCUCUAAGUUAUUCAGUAUAUUUAUAUCUAAUAUAUAUAUAUAUAUAUAUACACAUGUCAGAGAACAACAGUAGCAUUUAGAAAUCACAUCUGGAUUUGGUCCAUUUUCACUUGCAGAAGCAUGUGUUAGGCCUCAGAGCCUGCUUAUUACUGCUAAUGACAAACAUUACAUAAAUGUUAUACUGCACCUAGUGAUACUCAGGCCAUUUGGUACAGUAACUUGUACAAAAUAUUUAAGUUGCUGAAGUUUACAGUUCUUGAAUGUAAUAGUAUAGUUUUACCACUGCAUUAUAUAGAAUCAUUACAGAGAUUUAUAAAUCAGUAUUUCUGAAUUAAAAAACAUAUGAAACAAAAA